AGGGUAGGGGUGCAGCUAUUUUUGGAUUUUCUGGCUUUCUUGUGCGAUUAGAAAAUGGCGACUUCAAGGGCUGUGAAGGACGUCUCGCCUCACGAGUUCGUGAAGGCUUACGCCGCUCAUCUCAAACGAUCUGGGAAGAUUGAGCUCCCACCCUGGACUGAUAUUGUGAAAACUGCUCGAUUCAAGGAACUUGCCCCUUAUGACCCUGAUUGGUACUAUGUGAGAGCUGCUUCCAUGGCAAGGAAGAUCUACUUGAGGGGAGGUCUUGGUGUUGGUGCCUUUAGAAGAAUUUAUGGUGGAAGCAAAAGAAAUGGUAGCCGUCCACCCCAUUUCUGUAAGAGUAGCGGUGCCAUUGCACGCCAUAUUCUUCAACAAUUGGAGCAAAUGAAUAUUAUUGCUAUGGCUGAUGGAAAGGGGGGAAGAAGAAUCACCUCAAGCGGACAAAGGGAUCUUGACCAAGUUGCUGGGCGGAUUGUUGUUGCUCCUUGAUCAGUCUCGAUAUUUAGCAAUACUAGUGAGCUGCUACUUGUGUUUUCUGCUUUGACGUGUGAUAAGCUGUAACCUUUCUAUUUGGUUAAUUAGUAGGACAUGAAGGAAAUUUUGGUUUCAACUUUCAAGUUCGCCUAAAAACUGUUGGAUGUUAGCAUGUUGCAAAAUCUUGUUAUAUUGAGACAAUUUAAAUACAUUCAAAAAUAUCAU